GAGACUCUUGGAGAGCUGCUCUUCCCCUCAGCUCCACCACAGCGCUGCGUAAUCAGGCGGCUCCAGCAGGCUGAGGCGCUCCGAGACACACACUGCGUUUCUUAUUGAUAAGACUUCUUGGAAGAAGAGCACCGCAAACUACCGUGCUGGCAAUUCUGAUCUGCACUUUUGGACACAUCACGGUUAAAAAAAGACCCUCACUUUUGGAAAGAAAGACGUCAGUUGGAUAUAUUGUAUUUUUUUUAAACUGGGCAUCCUUGGAUUAAUUGAUACUUUCUCAAAGACUGCUUUCUAGGCGAAGUGUGUGACUUGGAAAUGUUUGAGUACAUUAGUUGCGAUCUUGUGUGCAAGGUGGACUAAAAUAAAAAGACUGAAGAACACUUUGACUACAACUUGGAAGGUUAUUAUUCAUCAGUACUUUGGAGCUUCUUCGUCUCCUCUCAUCUUCUUCUUCGGAUAUUUUCUUCUGAAGAGACAACAGUGGUGCGGACGGACCGUUUACGCGCACGCGGUUCCGCAGGGCGAGCCGCUGUCCCUCCGCGCGCAGUGCUGAGGGGUCCCUCGCGCUUCCAUAAAUGCCCGGUCCGUCAAAGUGGCUCGAGGCUGGGCAGCAAGAUGAGCUCGUGGGUACAGCUGCUGCUCGCGCUGCUGGCGACGUGUCUGCGGUUUGGCGCAGCCGAGGGGGAUCCUCUGCCUGCAGCCCUGGUGGAGCUGGUUAGAAACAGCCCCAUCUCCUCCAUAGAGGACCUCCAGCUGCUGCUGCUCUCUGACUCCGUAGAUGAGGAGGACGGGACUUUUGCAGCGAACGGAGGCCACAGACUACCAAGGAGCCUUGGUAAGAUAAGCCCCUCCCCCUUCCUUAUAUCAUUUAAAAGACCUUUUUGUUGCACUAAAUAUGUGAAGUUAUUGUCAGUUAUGACAAAGAUCCUCACUGCUAUCAGUUCUUUGGAUCUUGACAAACACAACCUCAUGGUCUUAAGCUUAAAUAUGUGUGCAUUCAAACCCAUAAAUAGUUUAUUAGAAGGUUGUAGUGCUGAUGUGGAGGAUUCCUGAUUUCUCUCAUGACAUGUAAAGUACUCCAUCCUCAUUAGUAAAGGACUGCCCUUCCUGGGAGUUGAUUGAUGUGACAAGUAUGGCUUUAGUGACACGGUCAAAUCCUCCCCAUUAACCUUUUUGAUAAAACAGAUGUCUGAAUAACUGAACACCAGUCUACGUGCCUUUGUUGGCUUCCCUCCUGCAUGAGGAGUUACUAAUACCCUUCAUCAAUCAUCAUGUAGAAUAUGUUUCAUAUCUUAUCUGUGUACGUCAAACAGUUGCAGGAAAAUGUCCUCAUGUCUGAUAAGAGGAAGCUGUAGCACGUCUACUCAUUUGGAAUGCAUGAGUUUCAUAUUAUAAUCCCGCUGCUGCUUGUUUCUGCUUUGCAUCAGCUAGAAACCGGCUUUAGUGGAUGCCGUGGUGCUAAUGCAGGACAGUUGAGCUUCAUGAGUCAGAAGUCACUUUGUAUUAAACCAAUUGGGCUUCAAUGGUGAGAGCUACUUAUCUCACUAUAUACAUGUGUCAAAAAUGGAAGGAAUGUGAAUUAAAGAGAUGCAAAGUCAACACAAAGAGUCGAAAGCGACCACUUAGACUUAGAGCCACAUAAUCUUCAUACAUUUAAGGGAAAUUACUAUAGAGAUGCAAAGUGACCACAAAAAGCCGACUGAAAAAAUACACAAAACUACCACUAAGAUAUGCAAAAUGA